AUUUAUGUAAAAAAAUGAGAUCAAGUGAAAAGAAAGAACUGACAACAUGAGAUUACAUUUGUUGAGCGGUUAAUGAUAAUUGUUGAUUUGCGUCUUUUGAGGAGUUUGAGAGCUAAUUUGGAUCAUUCAAAAGGGGUUUCUAUGAGAAUUCAGAUUGCCAACAGGAAACUCAUUUUGGAAGCCCAUUUCUUUGUUGAUUCUAGUGUAAUUGGUAGCGUGAGCUGAACUUCUGGGAAGAUUUGCUUAUUGGCUUUUUUUGGUUGGUGAGAGGGAUUCAGAAUUUUGGGUCUUUAUUGAAAACCCGUUUAGUAGUUGAUUAGUGCAGUUAGGAGAUUGAGGGGGUUUUCUCGGAUUGUUUUGGUGGAUUUUGAGAAAUUUGGAUUCGUGGCAAAAACUAUCUCAUUGCAAUUUGGACGGUGAGAUCAAAUUCGUUUCCCAUUUUUCUGCGAACUUGAACUUUUGGGUGUCUCGUGCGGAUUUUGGAUUCUGAUUGUUAAAUUAUUGGUCAUUCACCUUGGAAUGCUGAUUGAAAUCGAGGGCAAGGGAAUAGUAAUUCGUUUCUCUCAUGUGGUUUUGAUAAGAUAUUGUUGUUGGAUUGAGAGCAGUUGAAAAGUUGGGGAUUUGAGAUCAAAGAUUGCAAAUUUCUAUUUGUGGGUUUUGGCUGCAUUGAGAAUUCAGGAUCAAGAGGUUGGAAUCUCUUACUUUUAUCCAUAUCUUGUGAUAGGUUAUCUGCAACUAACAUUUCUUUUGUUAUUAAUUGUUAAUAACAUUAGGAUCUUUCACUGCACUGAUUUUAGUAUGCUAAACUACUAAAGAUCAGAGGAAUUUUAUCUCAUCCGUCUUUUUCUUUCUUCUCUUGCCAUUUUAAUAAAAGAGAGUACUUUGU